AUGGCGGACGCGGACCUGGACGGGGACUUCCGGCUGCUGACGGGGCUGGCGCAGGGCUUCAUGGUGUCGCGGGUCCUGUUCGCCGCCUGCGAGCUGGGCGUGUUCGACGCCCUGGACCCCGCCCCGCUGAGCGCGCGCGACGUCGCCUCCCGCCUGGGGCUCAGCGCGCGGGGGCGGGGCCGCUGCUGGACGCCUGCGCCGCCCUGGGGCUGCUGCUGCGGCGGCGGCGGCGGCGGGCGGGCCGGGCGGGGGCGGAAGGCCCCCGCCUACGCCCUGGCCCCCGUCGCCCGCCGCCUCCUCGUCGCCCGCAGCCCCCAGGCCCAGCGCUCGACGCUGCGCUACCUGGCGGGGACCACGUGGGCCGUGUGGGGGCGGCUGGGCGGGGCCGUGAGGGAGGGGCGGAACCAGUACCCGCAGGCGCUGGGCGUGGCCACGCGGGAGCCGUUCGAGGCGAUCUACAGGUCGCCCGCCGAGCGCCUCCUCUUCCUCCGCGCGCUGCAGGAGACCUGGGCCGCCUGGGGCGACCGCGUCCUCACGGCCUUCGACCUCGAGGGAUUCGGGGCCGUGUGCGACGUCGGGGGCGGAUCCGGAGCCCUGGCCGCCGCCUUCGCCCGGCUCCACCCCGGCAGCCGCGUCUCGGUGUUCGAGACCCCGGAGGUCGUGGCCGACGCCCGCGCGCACUUCCGGGCCCCGCGCGUGCGCUUCGUGGGAGGCGACUUCUUCCGCUCGCCGCUGCCGCCCGCCGACCUCUACGUCCUGGCGCGGGUGCUGCACGACUGGCCGGACGAGGCCUGCGCGGAGCUGCUGGGACGCACGCGCGGCGGUGACGGGCGGGGCUCCGCCCUGCUCAUCGUGGAGGCCGUGCUGGACCGCGGAGGGCGGGGCCCGCUGCCGGCGCUGCUGCUGUCGCUGAACAUGCUGGCGCAGGCGGCGGGGCGCGAGCGCACGGAGGCCGAGUUCCGGGCUCUGACCCGCGCCGCCGGCUUCCGCCGCUUCCGCCUGCGCCGCCCCGGCGGCCCCUACGCCGUCAUGCUGGCCCGGAAGUGA